AAGUUGCUCAAAUAAAUAGUGAAAAUGUAGCCUUGAUAAUGAGCUGUGCGUGAUCUUCUGCUGUCAUGCAGUGUCUCUACUCCAGUUGGACCCCGCCUCCCUCUGCACACAAGCGAUUGCAAACGAAGGAUCCCAAAUGGUAAAAUGGCUGAGAAGCAGAAACACGAAGGCAGGGUUAAGAUAGGACACUAUAUCCUCGGGGACACACUCGGAGUUGGGACCUUUGGGAAAGUGAAGAUUGGAGAGCACCAACUAACUGGACACAAAGUUGCAGUGAAGAUCCUUAAUCGACAGAAGAUCCGCAGUCUCGAUGUGGUCGGCAAAAUCAAACGUGAGAUCCAGAAUCUCAAGCUCUUUCGGCAUCCCCACAUCAUCAAACUGUAUCAGGUGAUCAGCACCCCCACAGAUUUCUUCAUGGUGAUGGAGUAUGUAUCUGGUGGGGAGUUGUUUGACUAUAUCUGUAAGCACGGAAGGGUGGAGGAUAGUGAGGCACGGCGGCUCUUCCAGCAGAUUAUCUCCGGGGUGGAUUACUGCCACAGACACAUGGUGGUUCACCGGGACCUGAAACCUGAGAACGUCCUGCUGGAUGGCAGCAUGAAUGCCAAGAUCGCCGACUUCGGCCUGUCCAACAUGAUGUCAGACGGGGAGUUCCUGAGGACCAGCUGCGGGUCUCCCAAUUACGCUGCCCCAGAGGUCAUCUCCGGAAGGCUGUAUGCUGGCCCCGAGGUGGACAUCUGGAGUUGCGGCGUCAUCCUCUACGCGCUGCUCUGUGGGACGCUGCCCUUUGAUGACGAGCACGUGCCCACUCUCUUCAAGAAGAUCCGCGGCGGGGUCUUCUACAUCCCCGAGCACCUCAACCGCUCGGUGGCCAGCCUCCUGAUGCUCAUGCUGCAGGUGGACCCGCUGAAGAGAGCCACCAUCAAAGACAUCAGAGAGCACGAGUGGUUCAAGCAGGACCUGCCGGGCUACCUGUUCCCUGAGGACCCGUCGUACGACGCCACGGUGGUGGACGAGGACGCGGUACGCGAGGUGUGCGAGAAGUUCGAGUGCCCCGAGUCGGAGGUGAUGAGCAGCCUGUACAGCGGCGACCCGCAGGACCAGCUGGCGGUGGCCUACCACCUCAUCAUCGACAACCGCCGCAUCAUGAACCAGGCCAGCGAGUUCUACCUGGCCUCCAGCCCGCCCACGGGCUCCUUCAUCGAGGAAGGCAUGCCGCUGCCGCCGGGGGUCAAGCCACACCCCGAGCGCAUGCCGCCACUGCUGGUCGACAGCCCCAAAGCGCGCUGCCCACUCGACGCGCUCAACACCACCAAGCCCAAGCCCCUGGCCGUCAAGAAGGCCAAAUGGCACCUGGGCAUCCGGAGCCAGAGUAAACCCUACGACAUCAUGGCCGAGGUGUACCGUGCCAUGAGGCAGCUAGAGUUCGACUGGAAGGUUGUGAACCCGUACCACCUGCGUGUCCGAAGGAAGAAUCCAGUAACAGGCAAUUUUGUGAAGAUGAGUCUACAGCUCUAUCAAGUGGACAACCGCAGUUACCUGCUGGACUUCAAGAGCAUCGAUGAUGACAUCAUUGAGCAGAAGUCCGGCUCAUCUACGCCACAGCGUUCUGGCUCCAUCGCCGGUCUCCACCGGCAGCGCCUGAGUAUUGACUCAGCGUCAGUCGCCAUGGAGAUGCCCCAGCUCAGCAGCUCCCUGCCCGGCUCGCUGACGGGCAGUUCGCCGAUGCUGGCGCCGCGACAGGGCAGCCACACCAUGGACUUCUUUGAGAUGUGCGCCAGCCUCAUCACCACGCUGGCACGCUGAGAGGCCAGAUGCCAGUCAGCCAGCCGGUCUGACCGGCCAGUGCCCAGGUAGCUGGCGUGCCUCAUGGGCAGAGGUCAUUCGGGGCUGCCAACAACCCCACCAGGGGCACAGAUAGCCUGCAAGUCAUUGUCAUCCCUCCUUCCCCCCCUCUCUUCCUCCCUCCCUCUCUCUCUUCCUCCCUCCCUCUCUCCCCCUAUCCACAAUCAUGCUUUGCUGCUGAACAUGUCAUCACUGUAGCAAUGCAGGACCUUCAGAUUUGAACAAGAAAGGGUUCGACAGGAGUUCACUUCUUUUUUUUCUCUCUGGUUUUUAUAUACGUUUAUCUUUUGUAAAAGAUUCCGAUUAUGUACAACAUGAUGUAUGAUGACACUAUAUUUCUAUUACGAUUUAGAUUUCUUUUCAUAGAGACACAGAGGCUGAUUUAAAUCGCAUACCAAAAAAAAAUACGUUUAUACAUGCAAAUGAGGAAGAGAUCAUAGUUUUGUUUUAGUAUGCAGAUUCAUAUUUAUUUUUUCGAGGAAUGUUUUUUAGAAUAUAGAAUAUAGUUUCCUUAUUUUAAGCACCUAGUGAAGGUGUGGCUCUACGACCUUAAAUAUUUUUAGUGAGCUGAAAUAUGUGUGAGGGACGCAGUAGUCCUCAAGGUUAAAGCCAGUGAGGUUCAAGGCAAUAUUGUGUGGAAAAAACAGAUGCAAACAGGCUACAGACGGCUACAUUAGGCACAUACCCCUUCCCUUUUAAUGACAGCGUAAGCACAGAGAUUUGCCCUGGCAUAUGAACAGUACAUGGCUAUGCCUGAGUUAUCAUGCUGAUAUGUUUCAGUUACUGUAUACUGUACUCUCUUUAUUUUUUUUAAACUUUCUUUUGUUUACUUUUUCAAUUAUUCUCUCAAAUUCUGAACACUAGACUGGCACACAAUCUUCUGACACACAGAUCAAAGGUACUCUAAGAUGUCUGUGCACAAAGUAAAAAAGUACAUGCUCUUGCUGUCAGCAUAGCAUUGUUUGAAAUUGACAGGUUAUAUAGCUAGUGAGGACCACAUGAAGAUACCUGUGGUUUGUCAUAGUAUAACAUAUAUCAUAAUCUUAUAUAAUGCAAUGUAGACAUUAUACAACAGUAGAAAUAUGGAGUCAUGCAGAAUGUGAAAGCACCAUGUGCUAGAAUGGAUCUGACAAGGUUUUCUUGCAAUCUGAGUGAAAUGUAACAGUGCUAUGCUGAUCGGCCAAUUAAUUCACAACCCCUUCACAACAUUUUAAACGAAGGAUAAAGGUGGUGUGUGUGUGUGUGUGUGUGUGUGUGUAGCCUCCUCGUAAGCCUUGGAUGGAAACACAAGCCAAGGGCCAAAAAAAAAACAAGAGCCUCGGUAACCUUCCUCCAGUUGCCUUAAAAGGAAAAAAAUCGAUGUGUGUUGUCGUUUGACUGAGAAUACAUCAUUAUUUCAUUGUGAUCUUGAAGUAGAGAUUAUUUAUUAGCGCUGUUUAUUUAUGUACACUAUUUAACCUCACAUGGAAAUUGUUACUGUGAAUCCAAAUGACUAAAGAGGUGGGUGGGUUUUAUUUUAGUUUGUUUUUCUGUGCCAACAACUUAGCCGACUAAGUUACCACAGAAACAGGCAAAGGGGUGCAAAGAUGUUGGGGAUGAAAGAUUGCCACUAACGUGCUUCCAGGCUAAGGGGGCCUUAGCUAAUGGAAGGCUUUAACAGACAGUUUCAAACUAGUUUCCCAGGACAUGGCUAGUCCUUGCAAAUGGAUUAGCUGUUUAUGUCAAACUCUAGUAGGCGUAUCAGUAGUAAAAAUGAAUGCACGUACAAGCCAACUAUGCAGUGUGUGAAGUGUAUGUUUAUGAUUGGUUUUGAUUUGUACAUUUAAUUAAACCAGUUGUAAACAUACAGUUCUACAGUAGACUAUGUAUGUUAUAUUGCAACUUGCAAUCAAUGUAGUCUCCAUCCGUGUAGAAUCAAAAUAAGUUGUAAGUAAGUUGGAUGUAUAGCGCCCUCACCUGGCCAGUGUGUGUAUGGCAUUGCUAAUAGUCUGGGACCCUUCUUAGCUGUAUAGAGUGGGUAAAGGGUUUUGUUGAGAGAAUGGUACUGUUUGUCUGUGUGUUUGCAAUGUUCAAAUGUACUGUAUGGUAACAAAAGAGAUUAUUCAUUGUCAACAUACCAGUUUAAACUGAAUGUAAAGUUAUUUAAAAGCACUGGAGCUUACAGUAAGAGUUAGUCAGUCAGUCAGUGAGUGGGACAAAAUGGUGUCUAUCAUAUCAGAGGGAUUUGACCGUUUCGUUCAGCUGAAGCCUUCAUGUGUUUCCUUAAGCGCUGUUGUUGUGUGUGUGUGUGUGUGUGUGUGUGUGUGUGUGUGUGUGUGUGUGUGUGUGUGUGUGUGUGUGUGUGUGUGUGUGUGUGUGUAGGCCUGUGCAUUACUACAGUACAAUUUGGGAGGCAGAUUUGACUUUUCUGAAUAAGUGCUCUGGACUGAGAUGGUACACUGUACUAAAGCCCAGACGAGAAUACUAUAAUCCCAUAGCCAUACUUGUCAGUUGUGAAGUUGUCAUGGCAAUGGAUGCACUUCAAAGUGUGAUCUCACAAUACCAAAUAGUCAGGGGAAGUUUCAUUGAAACAUCGCCCUCUGAUGCUCUGUAUUUGCAACUACACUUCACAAUGACUUUACUUAACUAUUUACUUUAGAGUGAGAGAGGUAAAAUAGAAUAUAUUGCAACCUUCGUAACUUGUUUAUAUGUCAUUAGAUUGAUAGGAAGGAUGUUCAUAUUUUCAUUACUUCUAUAAAGGGCAAAGGUGUUAAACAAUGAUGUCAGGUGUAGGCCUACACAUGUAUGUACACCUGCAUAACAUGCCACAAAGCAUCCCUCUCUCUCACUACAGCUGUUUGAGUAAGUGUGCUGUGUCUUUUAUGUUGGUAGCCAUGUUGGCUGUGUCUCAGUCCCUCUCUCCAUGGACAGGGGAGAGACGCUUUCCUGAUGUGGAGUGAACUGCUGUUUUGUGUGCCCCUGUGUUUUGUGGGUAUUCUGAGAAAGUUGUUUUAUAUGGUUGUUCUCUCUUGUCUCUUUGCUGUGUGUGUUUGUGUGUGUGUGUAUGUUUGUUUGUGUGUGUGAUCUCUAUUUCACGUGUUAUGCACUGCAUGGUGUUACUGUUCUGAUUUGCACUUUAAUAAGUAUUUAUUGUAUUAAAAAUAAAGACGUCUAUAAUCAAGA